AUGGGAGGUAGCUCUGCUCAAUGGCUGCUCGCUAUGUACGUGAAUUUGGCACCACGUGCGGAUAAUAAUCUUGUCAAUCAUUCGCCUACAUCAUCAUUGUCACUUGUAAUUUAUGUACCUAUUGCCGUCAAUACAUCGAUCAGCGUUCCGAUGAGUGAUGAAGAUGGAGAUAUUCUUAGAUGUCGUUUUGCUCAAUCAUCUAAGAACAUGAGUGGAAUUAUUGUGAAUGAAUGUAGUGGAGGUUGCUCUUCAACAGCACUUCCAUCAUCCACACAACUCUUUGCAAGUGAUAAUAAUUGUACACUCAUUGUUAGUCUAUCAUCACUAGGCUAUUAUGCAGUGGCCAUACAAAUAGAAGACUUUCUGACAACUUCUACUGUGCCACUCAGUUCUGUUCCGCUUCACUUUCUUCUCUGUGCAUACACAGUAACAACAACGGUCACAUCCACAACAACAUCAACGAAAACCACCACAUCGACCACAACAUCAACGACAAGCAUCACAUCCAUCACAACAUCAACGGCAAGCACCACAUCCACUACAACAUCAACGGAAAGCACCACAUCCACUACAACAUCAACGGAAAGCACCACAUCCACUACAACAUCAAUCACAUCCGCGACAACAAGCACUGCUACGAUCACAACAAUAAGUUUGUAUAUUUUCCAACUACAAGAUUAAUGCUCACAUUUUCAUUUUAUUUUCUAGCUACAACAAUCAAACCCUUCGAUUACCUUCCGUUAGUGCUUGGACUAAGCCUUGGUCUAGGACUACCACUUUUAUUCUUACUCAGUCUCAUGGCUGUAUGUUAUAAAUAUCAGUGGUGUCUUCGUCGUCUACGGUAUGUUCUUUCUUUUUCGAGAUGAUAGCAAAAGUUUUUUGUUGGGUUGUUAUUAAGAUCGAUAAUCAAUCGUCGUUACGAUCACAAUACUGAUGAAUACUCCCAAUAUCGUCAACAAUCAACAUCCUUCAAUAAUUCACAAACAAUUGAGAAGGAACUGAAUGGCACUUGUGAAUAUCGAAAAUUAUACAUCAAUGAUAACGAUUCUUCACAACGAAGAACAAAUCAUGAGCAACGGAAUUUGUCUUCGUUUGAUCUGUUCGAUUCGAGCUCGAUGUCACUAUUCAAAUCCGGUUCAUUGACAAGAACAUCUUUAUUCUCAUCAGCAAGCAACAAUCUUCCUACAGAGCGUGUUGAACGUAUUGUAUCUCCACUUUCACUUCCUCCCAAUCCAAUACGAAAUACUGGUUCAAUUCUCGUGCGAGCUUAUAAUGAACAACAGAACCUAUAAUGUAAUACAAUAUCUGUUUUGUGAAUAAAUUUUUAGCAUAAAAUAUGAAAUAUACUUGAACAAAGCACGAAGGAGUGCAGCUAUCCAUGAGACGGAAAGAAAGUAUUUUUGACUUGAGGGUGGGUGUGGGUGUUGUUAUGUCCUUGAGCAGCAUCCAAACCUACACCCACACCCCACACCCACACGCACACUCACACCCACACCCACCCACACCCAAACCCGCACCCGCAGCCACACCCCACACCCACACCCCACCCUCACCCAUAAAUAUAAGUAAAAACGUAUGAAAUCCCAUCGAACGAUUUUUAUGCUCAUUACUGUAAUUAGGUUCAAUUAAAAAUCGAAAUUAAAAGCAUUAUGAUCAUGUCAAUGAGAAACUGAAUAAAAACAAUGUAAAAAAAUUGCUUUCAAUAAUAUAUUAAGGGUUUGUUGGUAUAGGUGUGGGCGUGGGUAUACAACAAAGAACAAAGCACAUCCCACAC